UCUGCUACAAGUAAGUGUAUCAAUUUCUCUACCUUGAUCUCGUAGUCCUCAGGGAAGACGCUAAAGUAAAGAAAGCAAAGUUUCAACUCAUGUCGCAUCUCCUUAAAGCUUAGAUCAAACACAGUGGAAAUGUGAAUGGAGUUAUCCUUUAGGCGUCGCCAUAAACUAGCACACACCUCAUGCCACUCGUUUGUCCUUUUCCUAGACAAAAGCCCAGAAAGCACGACUAUAGCAAGCGGUAAUCCACCGCAUUUUUUAACCAUUUCUUUUCCAGUUCUCUGCAGAUCCUCAUCAACCUUUUCAAUAUUGCUGAAUGCUUUCCGUUCAAACAACGUCCAGCUUUCUUCAAACGUCAAGAACCUUAACUUAUGAGCGUAGACUGUCCCCUCCACACCUUCAGCUAUUGCUCUAAUACGCGUUGUGAUGAUGACUUUACUUCCUCUGUGAUCGCAUGGUAAUGCUCUCUUCAAGCUCUCCCACGCGUCUGGAUCCCAUACAUCGUCUACUACCACCAUAUAAUUUUUUCCCUCUAGAAGACCGUAAAGGUCCACGCACGGCAAUCAAAUCUUCUCUUCACAUCCCCCGAGUUGUAAAGCUUCCUGGUGGAGCACGUCGAAGCUGCCUCACUCUAACAUUUGUAAUAUUCUCUCCUCGAGGCUCAUUGAAGCUUCCUAUACCAAAAGUCUCCCGCUUGCGAGUUAUAUCCAAGAUUCUUCUCUUCAGGGUUCUAAUAUCUUCAACUAUGUUAAAUAGGUGUCCAAAACAUCCUCGAUAUCAUAGGCGAUAUCUAAAACCAGUUUUGUCCACUCUUUCGAGACCUCAUCUUCUCUUUCUCGAGCUUCAACAUCCUUAAGAUAACCAUGGAUGCACGUCAACUCCGUCUUCAGCUCCUCUAGAUCAUCUUUGACUCCCAUCAACGCCAAUACUUCAUUGAUGAGAUAGCCGCCGAUCUUAUUCAAAACGAAACCAGUGACAGCAUCUACCAUCUCAACAGAAUCAAAUUGAAAGAUUUCAAAAUAUGGAGAAGAUUGAAGAUAUGCUUUGUUUCCUAAUGUCAACAAUUUCAAGUUUUCGAAAGCCUCUGACACUUGACUUUGUAGAUGUUUGGUGUUGACAUUUGAUUAAAUUCUAUUGCACUAUCCCUUAUUCGUUAUUUUUAAAAGAGAACUCAGAUGCAGACAGACGUGUU